AUGACUUCGACGCUGGAUUCUGAAAUCAAGUUCACGGAUCUGUGCGAAUUUUUGGAAAAACUGACGACCCUCAAGGGCCAGCAGAAAUUCGAGGCCCUGAAAUCGUACACGAGAAAGUGCCGAGAACUCGCAACCAAGAUAAAAGCCAACAAUGCCGAAGCUGAUACGUCCCUCUUCCCCGUCUACAGGCUCCUGCUGCCAAGCAUGGAGCGCGAGAGGGGUCCCUACGGCUUGAAGAGCACCCACCUGUCACAGCUCUACGUCCGAGUGUUCUGUUUGGGGAAGAACAGCGCCAACGCGGAAAAACUCACCAGCUACAAAAAACCAAUAGCCGGAGCAACGACGAGUAAAUACGACGACCUGGCCGAGAGGACUUUCUGGGUUAUGAAGCGUCGUUUGCCGAACGAGCAGAGCUCGCUGACGAUCGAGCAGGUGAACAAGUUCCUCGACGACGUGGCCACCCAUCACAGCACGAGCCAGAGCAAGGACGAGCUCUUUGUGCACUUUACGCGCAACAUCAGCGCCCUGGAGCUCAAGUGGUUGACGAGGAUGCUGUUGAAGGACCUUAAACUCGGCAUACCCCAGAAGAGGGUGUUCGAAGGUAACCGAUCGACCUUGUUUCGUACCCCAACGAACUUGGUGAUGAAAAUCCCGUGUCUGAUGUCCUUGAUUGCAGCAAUACACCCCGACGCCGAGGACAAGUUCAACGUGACGUCGAGCCUGUACGAGGUGUGCAAGCACUUUGCGGACGCGCGUUCGGGGGACUCGGCGAUCGAGAUCGAGGUGUUCUCGCACGUGAAACCGAUGCUGCUCGAGCGGUUUCGCAUCGAACGGAUCGGCAAGCUGUUCAGCCGUGAGCUCGAGCGGCAGUAUUACGUGCAGACGAAAUUCGACGGCGAGAGGUCGCAGAUGCACAUGAAGGACGGGAGGUUCAAGUACUUUACGCGCCAGGGCUUCGACAUCACCAGCAACCCGAGUUACGGGGAAACCCCGGAGUCGAGGGGGUUUUUGACGUCGAGCGUGGCACCGCUGCUAAACAAGGAGUGCCGAUCCGUCAUACUGGACGGCGAGCUGAUGGGCUGGCACAAGGAGAGGAUGUGCUUCGGUAGCAAAGGAUUGAGCUUCGACGUGAAAAAAAUCACGGACAACAGCUGCCAUCAGCCGUGUUUUGUGGCUUACGAUGUUCUUUUGUACAAUGACGAGCGGUUGGUCAACAAACCGUACUCGGAACGAUUGGCCGUCUUGAAAAACUCUUUCACCGAGAAGGAGGGGGUGCUGAUGCUCUGUCAAACGAAUACCGUUUCAUCGGUGGAACAACUGACUGAAAUAUUCAACGUGGCGCUGGAUAACGACGACGAGGGUAUCGUGGUGAAAACACGCGACUGCACGUACAAGCCAAACGUGCGCGAGAAGAGCGGGUGCUACAAAAUCAAGGCCGAGUACUCCGAUGGAUUGGUGCAAGACUUGGACCUGAUAAUCCUGGGCGGGUACUACGGCCAGGGUCGGUGCAGUGGACAGAUCAGCGUCUUCUUGAUGGGCUUGGCGAGUCCAGCGACGAACCGAAGCGGCAUGCCCUCGGAAUUUCACGCGAUUGUCACGGUAAAGUCUGGACUGAGCGGCGAAAACCUAAAGGUCAUACAGCAGAGGCUCAAGACACACUGGAAAGACAAGAAGCCGCACGGGGUGUUUGGACCCAAGUCCCAACAGCCCGAUAUGUGGAUUUCGCCGAAAGAAUCGAUAAUCUUGCAACUGCGCGCGACUGAAAUCACAAAGUCGCAGCAGUACCCGUUCGGCUACACCAUGAGGUUUCCAAGAGUCCUGAAAGUUAGACUGGACAAACCGUGGUACGAUGCGUGUUCGACCACGGAAUUUUCAAGACUCGUCAAGGUACUCACCGCCAGCGAUAUCGACGACGCGGGUGAGGAGAAGCAACCAAAGGUUCGCAAGGCGGCGCCUGCCACGUCCAAGGUUUACGAUAAUUUUGUGCCCUCGAAGAGUAACGACGACGUGGUGCGCCUAUCGCGACUAUUCGAGGGCAGGGAAUUUUGCGUGAUCAAUGGGGACUCGAAGUUGAAGAAGAACGACGUGGAGAAGGUUUUGCUGGAGCACAUGGGCAAGGUGGUGGCGAACCCCGGGGACGAGACCUAUUGCGUGCUGGUUGGAAAUCCCGAUGUGCUGAAAGCGAGAAAUUUGAUCAGCCGAGAAAAGUACGACGUGGCUAGUAUAGAUUGGCUAAGAAGAGCCACUCUGCAGGAAAAUCUGCCGAAAAUCGCCGAAUUUCGUCCGUGGGAGUUGUAUGCAGCCAGUCCCAAAACGAAAAAGAAACUCGAUGAAACGUACGACGAGUUUAUGGACAGCUACUACGAGGACGCGGAUUUGGAAAGCUUCAAGAGGUCCAUGAAAAUAGUCGAACAGAAGUUGAAGAAAACUACCGAUUUUUCAAUAGUGGACAUGAAAAAAGUCGAAGGUCUACUGUACGAAACCGGCGGAGUCUCGCCUUUUUCGAUAUUCCGAGGAAUCGUGGGCUACUUCGUUAACGAAGGCGAUCCCCAAAAGUACUCCUUUGCAUUCAUGAGCGGCCAAACCCUGCAAGUACUGAGCUCGAGUGCGAAUUACAUAUUCGUCGACAACAUCGACUCCACCGACAUUCUGCAGGAGUACAUAAAAGAACUGGAGAGCGCGAGCGGCGAAAAGUCAAUUAGAAUCGUAAACAGCCGGUGGAUCGGCGACUGCUUCGACAACCGAAAAUUAAUACCCGUCGACGACUACGUCGCGUAG